AUGACGGUAGUUUUAUUCUAUCUCAUUCUAAUUGGAACACAAAUACAUGUUCUCAAUAGUCAAUUCAAUGGAUUUGGUCAAGCACCAGUACAAUGUUGGCGUUGCGAUACACUAAAAUCUGAUCAAGAACGAUUUGCUGCAUCGCGUAAAUUUGCCUGCCUACGUCAUUUUGAUUUUACACAACAUUCAGCUGAAACAUGCGAUGGCAAAUGUUGGAUGUCGUAUGAAGUGAUCGAACCGAAGACGAAAGCGGAACGAGAAAAAGCGAUACGAAUGGUUGACGAAGUUCCCGAUACAGAUCGACGAUGCUUUACAAGCGAAGAUUUGACUAAAGCAAGUAUGAUUGGAUUGAACGCUGCCAAUGGAUGCCGCGAUGUGAAAAUGAGAGAAAAGGUGAAGAAAUUCUGCUUUUGUGACACCGACUUUUGUAAUGGGACUUCUUUAACUAAUCAAUUAUCAUUACUUCUUCUUCUAUUCACACCUUGUCUGUUAUUCUUUUGUUUAUGA